GCCAACUCGAGAUGGGCUGGACUUCCGGCGUCCAGACGCAGGCGAGGUGCGCUUUUUCCGCUCUUUCCUCCUGGGCCUCGGAGCGCCGCAGCCAUGUCUUAUCCCGCUGAUGAUUAUGAGUCGGAGACUGCUUAUGAUCCCUAUGCUUACCCGGGCGACUAUGAUAUGCACACAGGCGAUCCGAAGCAGGAUCUGGCUUAUGAACGUCAGUAUGAGCAGCAGACCUAUCAGGUGAUUCCCGAGGUGAUCAAAAACUUCAUCCAGUAUUUCCACAAAACUGUGUCGGACUUGAUUGACCAGAAGGUGUAUGAACUACAGGCCAGUCGCGUGUCCAGCGAUGUCAUUGACCAAAAGGUGUAUGAGAUCCAGGACAUCUAUGAGAACAGCUGGACCAAGUUGACUGAAAGAUUCUUCAAGAAUACCCCUUGGCCUGAGGCUGAAACCAUUGCUCCACAGGUUGGCAACGAUGCUGUUUUCCUGAUUUUGUACAAAGAAUUAUACUACAGGCACAUUUAUGCCAAAGUCAGCGGGGGACCCUCCUUGGAGCAGAGGUUUGAAUCCUAUUACAACUACUGCAAUCUCUUCAACUACAUUCUCAAUGCUGAUGGUCCUGCUCCGCUCGAACUACCCAACCAGUGGCUCUGGGACAUCAUAGAUGAGUUCAUCUACCAGUUUCAGUCGUUCAGUCAGUACCGCUGCAAGACCGCCAAGAAGUCAGAGGAGGAGAUUGACUUCCUUCGUUCCAAUCCCAAAAUCUGGAACGUCCACAGUGUCCUCAACGUCCUUCACUCCCUAGUGGACAAGUCCAACAUCAACCGGCAGCUGGAGGUGUACACGAGCGGAGGUGACCCUGAGAGUGUGGCUGGGGAGUAUGGGCGGCACUCCCUCUACAAGAUGCUCGGCUACUUCAGCCUGGUGGGCCUUCUGCGUCUGCACUCCCUGUUGGGGGAUUACUACCAGGCCAUCAAGGUGCUGGAGAACAUCGAACUCAACAAGAAGAGCAUGUAUUCCCGGGUGCCCGAGUGCCAGGUGACCACUUACUACUACGUCGGGUUUGCGUAUUUGAUGAUGCGUCGCUACCAGGAUGCCAUCCGGGUCUUUGCCAACAUCCUCCUCUACAUCCAGAGGACCAAGAGCAUGUUCCAGAGGACCACGUACAAGUACGAGAUGAUUAACAAGCAGAACGAGCAGAUGCACGCGCUGCUGGCCAUCGCCCUCACCAUGUACCCCAUGCGCAUCGAUGAGAGCAUUCACCUCCAGCUGCGGGAGAAGUACGGGGACAAGAUGCUGCGCAUGCAGAAGGGGGACCCGCAGGUCUACGAGGAGCUUUUCAGCUACUCCUGCCCCAAGUUCCUGUCGCCCGUCGUGCCCAACUACGACAACGUGCACCCCAAUUACCACAAGGAGCCCUUCCUGCAGCAGCUGAAGGUCUUCUCUGACGAGGUGCAGCAGCAGGCCCAGCUCUCGACCAUCCGCAGCUUCCUCAAGCUCUACACCACCAUGCCCGUGGCCAAGCUGGCCGGCUUCCUGGACCUCACCGAGCAGGAGUUCCGGAUCCAGCUCCUGGUCUUCAAACACAAAAUGAAGAACCUGGUGUGGACCAGCGGCAUCUCCGCCCUCGAUGGCGAAUUCCAGUCGGCCUCCGAGGUUGACUUCUACAUUGAUAAGGACAUGAUCCACAUCGCAGACACCAAGGUUGCCAGGCGCUAUGGGGACUUCUUCAUCCGACAGAUUCACAAAUUUGAAGAGGUGAGAGGUCUGAGAGCGGGGCGUGGGCUGGGGACAGGGGUUUAGGAGCUGGGUGGGGAGUUGUAAAUUUUUUUUUAUUUGUCCUUUCUGUUUUCAAGAAAGCCUGGAAUUGGCCCUUUAAAUUUCUGAGCUGGGCUGGCAGGCUGCGCGGGUUUGGGCCUGUAGGAGUUGCUGCGUCAGCCUUCUCUGGACCUUCUCUUUCCAAGAUCUCCCUCUGCGGGUGGCCGGCUCUCCUCUCCCUCCCUGCAAUUUCCUAAUAUGGGUGGGUUUGCUGCCGCUCUCACCCACCCUCUCCAUUUGGCAGUUUCUCUCCCGCUUCGACUGGUCUGGCCAGUUUCUGCAGGCAGAGACCAUGGAGCUCUGUUUUGACAGACCUGCCUGGUGAAUUCCACGUCUUGCCCUCCCAGAGGUCCUGCCAGGUCUUGCGGAUGACUUUUUGUGGCCCUAGCUAGCGCCGCUGUGACCUGGUGUUUGAGUCCUCCAGCAGAGGUCACUGCUGUGCUGUGGUCCUCGCUGCCAGCCGACUCCUGCAGGACAGUGAUACAGCCCGGGCAAGCCUUGCCACCCUGGGUCCCUUUCCUGUCUGGAAAAUGGGCUGAGUAGUACAGGGUGUGGGAAGGCAGGUAGGAGAGCGCGUGCGAAUGACGGCGGGAGCACCCCUGGGAGGCUCGAGACACUGUGCCCGCCUGAGCGGGCGGCCCGGGACUCUGACCUGGUGAUUGCGCAGGAGGAAGACAGGGGUGGUGACAGCUGCGUGUCUGACUUCGCUUUCCUUUCUCUCCCAGCUCAAUCGAACCCUGAAGAAGAUGGGGCAGAGACCCUGAGUGCAGUGGCACCUGCCUUACUCAGGAGCCUCGUUUGCUGUCAUCCUGGGGGAGUGUGUCUGCCACCACGGAGCCUUUACCUCGCACAGCCGUCGGCCAGUCAGCUGAGUUGCAGCUUAUUGGAAUCACAGACUGAAAUGUUUUAAAUAGGUCCCAAUAAAAGGAUCUUUUUUGGAA